CUCAGUGCCGCCUUCAGCUCUCUCCUCUCCUCUCCUUCAUUUCCGGAAGCUCGAGCACAGGGUCGCCAUGCGCCUCUCACUGUUCACUUCUACCCAUCAGUCGCGCACAACAUGAAGAACCGGUGGCUAGGGCGUUUCCUGCCCUUGGCGCUUCUGCUGCUGCAGGCGCUUGCGGUGGAAUCACAAAUCCCAACAACCGAUGUUGCCCCCGGGUCCUAUGCACAUUCCGAGUCCUCGAGCGGGCCCGAGGACUCUCAUCUUCGACCCGGACACGAACACGUUGAGAAUGCUCUACGAAUCCUCCGAGAAUCCAAGGUCGCCGUUGUUGCCCCCGAGAAACCAUCCGGCUUGGCGGGAUACACCUUGCAUUACGCCCAGGAAGCCUUUCGAAUCUUGUUCAUGAACGGACCCCCGUCGGAUGCACCCGAGAAGCGAAAGCUCGACCCUACGGUCGCAAAGGCCGUGGAUAAACUCAAGUAUGCGGCGGAGAAGGACCAGAACCCGGAUGCGAUUUUCCUCUUAGCGGAGAUGAACUUCUACGGCAACUACACCCACCCUCGAGACUUCAAACAGGCGUUCCAUUGGUACCAGGCCCUCGCGUCGACUGGGAAUAGCACCGCGCAGUAUAUGCUUGGGUUUAUGUAUGCAACGGGUGUUGGUGGUGCUGUUGAGCGCGAUCAGGCCAAGGCGUUGUUGUACCAUACUUUUGCUGCCGAGGCGGGGAAUACAAAGUCAGAAAUGACUCUCGCGUAUCGCCAUCAUGCGGGAAUCGGGGCUCCCAGAGAUUGUGACCAGGCGACUUACUACUAUAAGAAGGUGGCGGAUAAGGCUAUUGAGUACUUCCGAUCUGGACCGCCGGGUGGCCACAGCAUGAUUCCUGAGUCCUACCGUUGGGCGGAUGAGGAGGGUGGUGUUUAUGGUGAAGGUGCCAGUGUGUCGACGAAUACCGUGCGCGAUGGAUCACAUUCCACGACGGAGGCCAGCUUGGAAGACGUCUUGGAGUAUCUGGAUCUGAUGUCUAGGAAGGGUGAAUUGAAGGCUACUUUUAGCCUGGGCAAGAUGCACUACGAGGGUGGUCGCGGGCUGCCGAGGAACUUCCGGAAGUCCAUGAACUAUUUCCGACAGGUCACCAAGAAGUACUGGAAUAAGGACGGAUCGGUGAACCCCAAUCACCCUAUUGGGAUUGAGAAACUGGCUGCAAAGGUGGCUGGUCAUAUUGGGAUGAUGUACCUGCGUGGUGAGGGGGUGGAGCAAAACUUUGCGACAGCGCAGAUGUGGUUCAAACGUGGACUGGCGAACGGCGAUGCGCUGUGCCAACACGAACUCGGGUUGAUGUACCUGCAUGGCUACGGUGUCACGCAGGAUGCAUUCCGGGCCGCGUCCUACUUCAAAGCGGCGGCGGAGCAGGAUUUCCCAGCGUCUGAAACGAGACUGGGAGCUCUGUUCCUGGACCAAGGCGAUGUCCCGACCGCCACCCGCUAUUUUGAGCUGGCGGCGCGCUGGGGAUGGAUGGAGGCCUUCUAUUACCUGGCGGAGCUGUCCAACAACGGCGUUGGUCGGAAGCGACACUGUGGCAUGGCCGCCUCUUACUACAAGAUGGUCGCCGAGCGGGCGGAAGUCAUUCACUCAUCCUUUGGGGAGGCAAACACCGCGUAUGAGAAUGGAGACAAGGAACGGGCUCUCAUUCCGGCCAUGAUGGCUGCGGAGCAGGGCUACGAACAUGCACAGUCAAACGUGGCGUUCCUGCUCGAUGAGCAGCGCUCGUUGCUCGCACUUGACACCAUUGUCCCUGGCACCAAGAAGAGCCGACCGGCGUUGCUACGGAAUGCGGCUCUGGCUCUCAUCUACUGGACACGGUCGGCCAAACAGGCGAACAUUGAUUCCUUGCUCAAGAUGGGCGAUUAUUACCUGACUGGCAUGGGCAUUGCAGAGGAUGCGGAGAAGGCGUCGACGUGCUACCACACGGCGGCAGAAGUCCACUACAGCGCCCAAGCGUACUGGAAUCUGGGAUGGAUGCAUGAGAAUGGAGUUGCCGUGGACCAGGACUUUCACAUGGCGAAGCGAUACUACGACCUCGCGCUGGAGACCAGCACGGAAGCGUAUCUGCCGGUGAAGCUGAGUCUGCUGAAGCUGCGGAUGCGGGCGUACUGGAACUGGCUCACCAAUGGGGACAUUAAUCCUAUUCAAGAGGAAGAGGACGUGAGGCCGCAUCGCACCUUGAAGGAGUGGAUCGCCGCCUUUAUCGAGAAUGACGAGGAAGAGGAGGCCGCAUACCGCGCGCAGCUGUACAAACGGGAGGAAGAUGAUGACGAUCUGAUGUCGAGCAACCGGUUAGACGAUCGCCACGAGGACGGCUACUAUGACGAGCUGGAGCUGGACAUUGACGAGAGCGUGCUGGAGGGACUGAUCAUUGUCGGGCUGGCCGCGACUCUGCUCGCUCUGGUGUACCUGCGCCAGCAACGGAACCGCCAACGCCAGGAUGGCAACGGGGCGAAUGCCGCAGCGGGGAACCCGAAUGAUCGGGGUCUGUUUCCUCGUCCAGGGGAGCCGGAGUUUGCGCAGUGGGUGGCUGGGGGGGUAGGCCAUUAGAGCUGGCAUUGUCUGUAUGGGUAUAUAUUCAGUUCUUCCUAGUUUUUCAAUCCACAUGAUGUAACCGACC